GACCCCACUCCAGAGCCUAACUUCAUCCCCGGAUAGGAAUACUAGAAUUUCUUCUUGGAGGCUAAAUAAAGAAGAGGUUAGUUCUUCUGCCGCCGCCUAAGGCUCCUCUGGCCACAACAGCCGGAGGCAUAGCUACUUCCGCUCCCAGCGGCCCUGAGACCGGAAGCGGAAGUGUGCGCGGCGGUGACCGUCUGCGGCUGAGCUGUGAUGCGCGGCGCGGCGAGGUGGGAGUGUCUCCGGCUGGUCUGCAGGAAGGACACCCACUGAGACCUCAAACCCUGGCUCCAGUGUCAUGGAAUCAGUCACCUUUGAGGAUGUGGCCGUGGAGUUCAUCCAGGAGUGGGCGUUGCUGGACAGUGCGCGGAGGAACCUGUGCAGAUACGGGAUGCUGGACAAGUGCAGGAGCCUGGCCUCCAGGGCCUGGGAAUCUCAACUUAAACCCAAAGAGUUGCCUUCUAUGCGGGAUAUUUUGGAAGAAGCAUCCUCCAGGGACAUGCAAAUGGGGCCAGGGCUGUUCCUGAGGAUGCAGCUGGUGCCGUCCAUGGAAGAGAGGGAGACACCAUUGACUCAAGAGGACUGGCCAGCUCUCCAGGAGCCACCUUGGUCUUCGGGAUGCAUGGGACCGAAGGCCGCUGUGCAGAUUCAAAGGAUGGUGAUGCCAGUGCCCACACUGGGCCACCCUGACCCGUGGGUGGCUGGGAAUUCUGCUGUGUCCACAGGGGACCCUGCCUGGCUUCAGGAGGACAGAGUAGAGGAAGAAGCCAUGGUUCCUGGGUUGCCAACCGCCUGUUCACAGGAACCAGUCACCUUUGCAGAUGUGGCUGUGGUGUUCACCCCAGAAGAAUGGGUGUUUCUGGACUCGACUCAGAGGAGCCUGUAUAGAGAUGUGAUGCUGGAGAACUACAGGAACCUGGCCUCUGUGGCAGGUGAUCAACUGUGCAAACCCAAUGCAUCAUCUGAUUUGGAGCAAAGCGGAGAGCAGUGGAACACUGAGAGGGGAGUCAUCUCAGACACCUGUCCAGAACCUCAACUUCAGCCCCAAGAGGCAAUUCCUAGCCAAGACAAUUUUACGGAGAUUCUGUCCAUUGGCAUGAAAGGGGAGCAACCUCAGCCUGCAGAAAAACUCUAUAAAUAUCAUGAACUUGAGACACCUUUUAACAGCAUUGAACCACUUUUCCAGUACCAGAGAAUUCAUGCUGGAGAGGCCUCCUAUGAAUGUCAAGAGAGUAGAAAUUCCUUCUUCCAGAGUGCUCACCUAAUUGUGCCCGAGAAAAUCCAUAGUGGGGAUAAAACCUAUGCAUGUAACAGAUGUGAAAAAUCCUUCAGAUACAGCUCUGACCUCAUCAGGCAUGAGAAGACUCAUACUGCAGAGAAGUGCUUUGACUGUCAAGAAUGUGGGCAAGCCUUCAAAUAUUCCUCGAAUCUUCGGCGACACAUGAGAACUCAUACCGGAGAGAAGCCAUUUGAAUGUAGUCAGUGUGGGAAAACCUUCACGAGGAACUUUAACCUGAUUUUGCACCAGAGAAACCACACAGGAGAGAAGCCCUAUGAGUGUAAAGAUUGUGGGAAAGCCUUCAAUCAGCCAUCAUCCCUUAGGAGCCACGUGAGAACUCACACUGGAGAGAAGCCCUUUGAAUGCAGCCAGUGUGGGAAAGCCUUCAGGGAACACUCUUCACUGAAGACACAUCUGCGAACCCAUACCAGAGAGAAACCAUAUGAGUGCAACCAAUGUGGCAAGCCUUUCCGGACGAGCACUCAUCUGAAUGUGCACAAGAGGAUACACACAGGGGAGAAACUGUAUGAGUGCGGGACUUGCGGUCAGGUCUUGAGCCGUCUCUCAACUCUGAAGAGUCACAUGCGAACUCACACUGGAGAGAAGCCCUAUGUGUGCCAGGAAUGUGGGCGAGCCUUCAGUGAGCCCUCAUCCCUCAGGAAACAUGCAAGGACUCACAGUGGCAAGAAGCCCUAUGCAUGCCAGGAAUGCGGGCGAGCCUUUGGUCAGUCUUCACACCUUAUUGUACAUGUGAGAACACAUAGUGCUGGGAGACCCUAUCAAUGUAAUCAGUGUGAGAAAGCCUUCAGGCACAGCUCCUCACUCACUGUACACAAAAGAACCCACAUGGGAAGAGAGAACAUCAGGAAUGGCAGCCUGCCUUUAUCAAUGUCUCAUCCAUUCUGUGGGCCCCUUGCUAAUUAACUUCCAUUUUGUAAAAAUAUAAACAUAUGGGGCUAUGACUUUCCAUCAUAAUACUCCCUUAGCUGCAUCCCAUGUUUCAGUACAUAAUAUUUUCAUUUCGGUUUAAUUGUAAGUAUUGUCAGCCUCCAUUAUCAUUUAUUGUCUGAUCUAUCUAUUAUUUGGAAUUAGAUUUUUCAAAACUAAUACAUGGAUAUAUUUUCAUAGAGGUAUAAUGACAUAAUGGAAUGCAUACAUCUUAAGUGUACAGUUAGAUGAAUUUGACAGAUGCAUACAUGCAUGUAACCAACACCCCAUUCCAGAUAUAGAAUGUUUCUGUCAUUCUGGAAGGUUCCUGCAUGUUAUAUGGCUAUUUCUUAGUUGCCGUUUUUUUGUUGGUUUCUAAUUUAAUUACAUGGUGAGGUGAGUA